GCGGAGGUGGAGCCGCCCGGGGGAGGCCGAGAGAGCGGCUGCUGUUGUCGUCGUCGGCGGAGGUGUGUGUUGUUGUGGCCGGAGCCUGCAAGAGGAGUUUUGUGGCACACCCCCCCACCACCUUUUUUUCUUUUGUGGGAGCAUCUUGGGAUCCGAAUUAAACGAUGGCGCUUUUCCGUAAGGCGGCGGCGAGGCUGCUGAGCAUCCCGCAGAAAGCAUGCCCUCUAGCUGCAGUGGCCACCAGAGCUCAGUACUCCACCGAGAAUACUGACUUACGAGAGGUCAUGGCACAGAAGGUGCCAGCCAUGCAGGAAGAGGUCAAGGCUUUCCGAAAGAAGCACGGUAGCACCAAGGUUGGGGAAGUUACGGUCGACAUGAUGUAUGGUGGUAUGAGAGGUAUGAAGGGACUGGUAACUGAAACGUCUGUGCUGGACCCAGAGGAGGGCAUUAGGUUCCGUGGAUACUCUAUUCCAGAGUGCCAGAAACUCCUGCCAACUGCUGAGGGUGGGGCUGAGCCUUUGCCAGAGGGUCUCUUCUGGCUUCUCUGUACUGGAGAUAUACCAACUAAGGCCCAGGUUGCUGCUCUGUCUAAAGAAUGGGCCAAUCGGGCUGACCUACCCCCUCAUGUUGUGAACAUGCUCAAUAACUUCCCUUCUAACCUCCACCCGAUGGCCCAGUUCUCUGCAGCUAUUACAGCUUUAAAUUCUGAGAGCAAAUUUGCAAAGGGAUAUAGUGAAGGUGUACCGAAAACAAAAUACUGGGAGCUCUGCUUUGAAGACUCCCUUGAUUUGAUUUCCAAACUGCCUACGGUAGCUGCCACGAUAUACCGUAAUUUGUAUCGAGAGGGAACGAGCAUUGGAGCCAUUGAUCCUUCCAAAGACUGGUCAGCCAACUUUACGGCAAUGCUGGGUUAUGAUGAUCCUCAGUUCACAGAGCUUAUGCGUCUCUACCUCACAAUUCACAGUGACCAUGAGGGAGGCAAUGUGUCUGCCCAUGCUACUCACCUUGUGGGGUCGGCUCUGUCCGACCCGUACCUCGCAUUUGCUGCUGGCAUGAAUGGGCUUGCUGGACCUCUUCAUGGUUUAGCCAACCAAGAGGUACUUAUGUGGCUAACAAAACUUCGUACUGAAACUGGGGAUGAUAUUACUGAAGAGCAGUUGAAAGACUUCAUUUGGAAAACACUAAAAUCUGGACAAGUUGUUCCAGGCUAUGGCCAUGCAGUUUUGCGCAAGACUGACCCUCGUUAUUCGUGCCAACGCGAGUUUGCCCUCAAACAUCUUCCCGAUGACAAGUUGUUCAAGCUCGUCUCCAAGUUGUACAAUGUUGUGCCUCCAAUUCUUACUGAACUUGGCAAGGUGCAGAACCCCUGGCCAAAUGUAGAUGCUCAUUCUGGCGUACUACUCCAGUAUUAUGGGAUGACGGAAAUGAAUUACUACACUGUGCUUUUCGGAGUGUCGCGAGCCUUGGGAGUAUUGUCUUCACUGGUGUGGGAUCGUGCUCUUGGCCUGCCCAUUGAGCGGCCCAAGUCUAUGAGCACGGAAGGACUGAAAGGUUUAGUUGGUGACAAAGCAGCUCGAGGAGCUUAAAGCACAGUGUAUAUAUAGGUUGAGCUUUUGUUAUUUGCAUGCAUUUAACAUCAUUUUAUAAAAUUAUUUCAUUUAAAUGAAUUAAGUUUUAUUAAAGCAAUGUAGCAUGUGAAAAUUCCGACUGCCUUACUUGAGAUGAGCAUGUGUAAAUGCGUCGUGCACUCAUUAUGACUGAUAACACUAGUAAAAAAUUAUCAACACUACCUUGUAUUUUGUACAAUUAUCUUUUUCCAUUUUGAUGCAUUCAGUGUCAUUCACACUUAAAUUUAAAAGAUACAAUUUUCUUCCCAUUCUUAAAAUGUUGGGAAAAUGAGUUUUAUGCAAAAUUUUAAUAAGAGUUGUUGUUUGCUUGAAAAGGCAAGAGCAGUACUUGACUUGACCCACAUAAGUUAUGUGAGUGGUUGAGCUGGAUAUCUCUACCGACGAGAGUAGGAUUGGGCACAGAAAAGAUGUUGACGAAGCUUGUAAGCCUGAUUUUUUGUUAUUUAUUUGGUAUUAAACAAUAUUUAUUAUCAUGUCUUGUGUUGACAAUCCACUUUGUCUUAAUUGCAAGAUAAUUUGAUUCCUAAUUCCUAUUUUAAGCUGCUGCUGCAGUGGUAUCAUACUGCACCAUACCCCAAUGUAGGUUUAAUACUAGGCAUAGGUCUAUAACCAGUUAACCCGCUGUAACUGACUACAGACUAUAUAGCAUAGCGAACCUGUGAUGUUCUGUAGAAGGGUGAAGUGUGGGAUUUUUUUGUUUUUGUUUUUUUGUGAUAAGUUUUAAAACAUCUUGUGCUCAGUGAAUGAUGUGUAGACUUGAUGCAGUAUGGUAGCAAUUGAUCUUAGUGCCCUUUGUUUGGGGGGGUGGGGGCGGGAAGGGGAAUGCAUCUUCUUGGGUUAUCAUAAGAUGUAAAUACAUGUAUAUUAUGGUAGGUGAAAGAAAGCUACCUGUCUUGUAAGGAGUACAAAAAAUUAAAUGUUUUAGUAAACAUA